AUGACCUGUGCGCACAUCUUGCUGCACGACCCCGAGACCCUGCAGGUGCCUGCCUCCAGACCUCAGCGCCUUCCCGACGGUCCUCUUGGACGGCCAGCUAUCUCACGGGACGGCCGCGUCCUGCCUGGCAGCUCCUCCUUCCUCGCUCUCCAAGCCUCCGCCACCGCCAUUGGCACCCGCUCCAUCGACGCGCGAGGCAACUUUGUCCUCAAGCCGGACGUUCGCCCAUCGGAGGAGGAGGAGAUGAUCAUAGCCGAGACUCUCACGACAGAGGCGGCGAGCCGGAAGCUCAAGUCGCUGCGUAUGCUGGAGGGCGUGAUUACGUUAGAAUAA